GUGAACAUACUCUUUGGUACUUUGACGGCUACUAUGGGUAUAGCAUUUUAGUGUCCAAUAAAAAUAUUUGUUGCAACAAUAACAUUUCUUAUAAAUAUUACUUAUUAAAUAAUUUUAAAAAUAGUAUAAUGUGUUUAAGUUACAAUAAUACUGUUAAAAAUGUGAUAAAAGUGCGUCUACUGAACUAAUUCAAAAUAUCUGGGUUCUGGAAUUUAUUUUGCUAAGAUGGCGCCCUCUAGUUCAUAAACUGUCAACUAUCCGCGUGUCGUCCAUGUUCCGAAUGUGGUGUGACUUAUUUUUGUUUUGUAUUAAUUUUCACAAUAGUGAUUAUAAAUGUGGAACGAUACGAGAUGUGUUGUACGAUAUAGUGCAUAGUCGCUCCGGCUGAAUGGAUCCCUACGUCGGGUGGUAUCAGCCCGAGCAGGAAGGACCCGCGAAGCGCUUAUGGCUUCGUAUCUGGGAAACGCAAAGUGAAACAGACAAAAUGAACCUCAAAAACCUAGAGAAUUCUAACCCUAACGUGAAUAAAGCACCGGACUUUAUACCUCUAAGCGAAGUGAACGGUGAAAGUAGGAAUAAUAAUUACUUCAAUCCGACGCGGAGGAAAGCCAACGAUAACCGCGCAUCUACGUUUAACCUGAACCAAAACCACGAUGCGCUCAUAGGCGAGUACGGGGGCUGCCCUUGGCGGGUGCCCAACUACAACUACAAGCCCGGGAUACUCGGGCUCCAUGAAGAGAUCGAGCACUUCUACAUGUACAUGUCGCCGUCGGAGACGGAGCACUUGGUGCGCUCCACGGUGGUGAACAGGAUCCGCGGCGCCAUCCUGUCGCUGUGGCCGCAGGCGCGCGUCGAGGUGUUCGGCUCCUUCCGCACCGGCCUCUACCUGCCCACCAGCGACAUCGACCUCGUCGUCAUAGGCCAGUGGGAGAAGCUGCCGCUGUGGACGCUGGAGCGCGAGCUGGUGGUGCAGGACAUCGCGGAGAAGGAGAGCAUCAAGGUGCUGGAGAAGGCCACCGUGCCCAUCGUCAAGAUGACGGACAAGUACUCCGACGUCAAGGUGGACAUCUCCUUCAACAUGAGCAGCGGCGUCAAGAGCGCCGAGCUCAUCAAGCAGUUCAAGGACAAGUACCCGGUGCUGUCGCGGCUGGUGAUGGUGCUGAAGCAGUUCCUGCUGCAGCGCGACCUCAACGAGGUGUUCACGGGCGGCAUCUCCUCCUACUCGCUCAUCCUCAUGUGCAUCAGCUUCCUGCAGCUGCACCCGCGGCCCGAGCGCCUGCGCCAGCCGCACAACCUGGGCGUGCUGCUGGUGGAGUUCUUCGAGCUGUACGGGCGCAAGUUCAACUACGUGAAGACGGCCAUCCGCGUCAAGAACGGCGGCUCGUACGUGGCCAAGGACGAGCUGCAGAAGGAGAUGAGCGACGGGCACCGGCCCUCGCUGCUGUGCAUCGAGGACCCGCUCACGCCCGGCAACGACAUCGGCCGCUCCAGCUACGGCGCCAUCCAGGUGAAGCGCGCCUUCGACUACGGCUUCGUGGUGCUGCAGCGCGCCGUGGCGCCGCACUGCGCGCUGCUGGCGCGCCACAGCGUGCUGGGCCGCGUGCUGCGCGUCACGGACCACGUGCUGCAGUACCGCCGCUGGGUGCGCGACACCUUCGAGCCCUUCUUCUUCCCGCGCCGCGCGCCCGCCGGCCGCAGCCGCUCGCCCUCGCCGCCGCCCACGCCCACGCCCUCGCCCAGCGGCAGCGAGCGCGACUGGUCCGACGCGCCGCCGCUGUCGGCGCUGCAGUGCUCCUCGCCCACGCCGCGCCGCGUGUCGGCGCACCAGAGCCUCAUCAUCCACCACAUCACCAGCGACUCGCACUUCAACAACAUCCCGUCGGGCGUCAUGGCGCGCCCGCAGCCGCGCGCCGCCCGCCCGCGCCGCGCGCCCGCCUCGCCGCCCGCGCCGCGCGCCCGCGCCGACGCGCGCCACCGGAAGCGCCGCCACUUCGCGCAGCCGCGAUGAUGCCGGUGCCGCACGCCAGCCCGACAACACAUUUGCUGAUGAUGACUCGCUCACACUUUGAACUGGACGAGUCGUGGUGUUGAUGGGCCCAUUCAACACUGAGCUCGCACGCAAAGUGUACUGAACAUUCAAUUCAUUUUUGUGCAUACCCUUGACUAACAUGUGCUGCACAUGCACAUCCCACUGUAGUGACCUUAACGAGAACAAAUUGUAGAGGUAAACAAACCAACUGCCAGGUCUAUCGCUUAUUAUGCAGGGCUAUGGCUUUGACGACCUCCGUGGCGCAGUGGUGUGCGCGGUGGAUUUACAAGACAGAGGUCCUGGGUUCGAUCCCCGGCUGGGCAGACUGAGAUUUUCUUAAUUUGUCCAGGUCUGGCUGGUGGGAGGCUUCGGCCGUGGCUAGUUACCACCCUACCGGCAAUGACGUACGCCAAGCGAUUUAGCGUUCCGGUACGAUGCCGUGAAGAAACCGAAAGGAGUGUGGAUUUUCAUCCUCCUCCUAACAAGUUAGCCCGCUUCCAUCUUAGACUGCAUCAUCACUUACCAUCAGGUGAGAUUGUAGUCAAGGGCUAACUUGUAAAGAAUAAAAAAAAAUGUAAUCUUUACUUACAUUAAUUUUUCAAAAAAAAUGUAUAUUUUGGAAAUACAGUUUUUAAAUGAUAACAAUAUCUUGAAACAAGAUUAAAUUUAAAAUAAAAUUAUGAAAAACGGAAUAAAGCGAUCGUAUAACAUAAUAAUUACAAGGGUUUUAAAAUUCUUGAAUGUAUAUAUUUAUUUAUUCUAUUUAUCUUGGAAUCCUCGCUUUGCCUACCCUAUCAGUAAAUAAUUAUAUAUAAUACCAUUUCAUAAAAUAAAUUAAAUAUAAUAAAAUACACAUCUAUAAAAUCUCUCAUUAUCUGUUUUGACCUUAAGCAUUGAAACCGAGAGCAGUGCAGCAGAUAGCAAACAAAUAAGAUAGAAAGAGAUGACAUAUUUUGUUGGUUCCGUCGUCCGUCGUUUUGUUUGUUUAUCUCUAGAAUUUCUUCUCGUUGAAACUUGAAUUUAGUUUACACGACGCUACCGUCUGCAGCACACUCGGGCCCACUGUGUGUCUAUACUAUUAUUAUAAGGCUGAAAUGUUUGUUUGGUUGCAUGCGCUAAUCUCAGGAACUACUGGUCCGAUUCAAAAAAUUUUUUCAGUGUUAGAUAGCUCAUUUAUCGAGGAAGGCUAUAAGCUACUUAUUAUCCCCGUAUUCUUACGGGAACGGGAACCACGCGGGUGAAACCGCGCGGCGUCGGCUAGUUUGAUAUAAGACUAGAAUAUUUCGUUGUUCGAUAGUGUGUGCAACAGUCACAGUACGGUAAUGCUGAUUAUUUCAAGUUAUCCAGACUAUUGUAAUAUUGGGACUUGAAGUAUUUUAUCGUUUUUAAUACUUUAACUUCUUUUAUGUUAUGAUAAUGCUGCUCGACAAGUUCACAUUCAACAUAUUGUUGUUGUAUGUGCAUCAACGUACUAUAUGUGAUGUGCAUAAUGUCACACGUGAGAAUGACUUGCGGUUACAGCAGACCAGCUGACCUAUUCACUAUUUUAGACUACAUUAUCAACCUAUUAAAAUAAACGUCAAAUCAAUUGAGAAAUGUCGUCUAUCUACUGUAUGAUAUCCACCAGUAGGCACCGGAUGACAUUUGUUACAUAAAAUCUAAAUUACGUAUUUGUCAAGUAGCAUACGUCGAAGUUAGUGAAUUAGCCUGCUGGUUUCAAACGGAACAGAAAUGCACAAACUAAUGCAAUGGAUCAGAAAUGCGAUCGUGACAUGAUUUUUAUCAUUUGUUGAUAGUUUUGUUUGUAUUGUUGGCAGAGCUUUUACAACUUGGCUCUGUAAGUACCACUUUUUUGAUGCUUUACCUUCCCAUUAAUGACAAAGAAAUAUAAAAACGCAUUUAAGUUCGUCGAGGAGGAAUGAUCACUACAUUACUGAUUAUUGUAAAUGGUUUCCGUUGAAAGCUCGUCAACAAAUACGUUAUUUAACAUUCUGUUACAAAACGUAUUUAGUUGUAAUUGUUUUAGAAUUCGCAAAUUCCUCAGACUACAGCCGAGUUAGGAAAUUAUAAAAUCCUAGUGAUCCGAGCUGGGCAUUGAACCCAGGAGCUCUGUGAUAGUUUAUAUAACAAACGUGUCGCCCCACUUGUGCUGUCGCUGUUUCCUCUUGAUACAAUCAACUGCCCCCGUGACGUAGAGGCGAGCACCCAUGAUGUGACAGUUUCUACUCUAAAAUCACUAACUAAAAGUCAAACACGUUUUAUGUUGUUCAACAUGUUAUUGCGAAUGUUUUUAAGUUGUCAAAAAUUUGUCCAUUUUUUUGCGAAUAUCGAGCGAAUUAGCAUAAUAACUGUAAACUCAAACUUUGUGAGUGACUGUGAAUGUUAUAGGCUGUUUAAUUCCGAUUGUGAAACGUAUUCCCAAUGUAAACGAAAAUGGUAACUAUGGAGUAAAGCCGUCGGCUUUCUGCUAUAGUGUUUUUGUGAUAGCAUGGGUACGGUGACAGUUCGUUUCACUCUUGAAAGUUUGCCACGAUUCACGAUAAUAGUACGUAUUAUGAACGUCAUACAGGCGUCUGUCACCGUACCCAUGCUAUCUGAAAAACACUUUAGUUCUUUUAUAAUGGGGAUGAUGACUAGCUUUGAAUAUAUUGAUAUGACACAUUCGGGUAAAUAAGAUCAAUGUUAACUAAUUUAUACAUAAAAGGCAAAGAUUGUCUGGAUAUAUAAAUCCCUGUAGCUCCGAAAGUAAUGAUCGCAGAUACCCUGUUACUUUUACAUAAUUGCUUUACUAUUAGCAUACUCCUAAUUUAUAUACGAUUUAAAAAACUGUCAUCAUCCCUAUUGCAGUUUGCCUCCAAACACUUCUCCAAAUUGGUUACGAGCUUUCGGGCUAACGACUACAAGUUCCUCACUCAUACUCCGAAGCAAACAAGUUGUAUGUAUAUUGUAUACCUAGCAUUCUACACAUUUGCACAAAUGUUUGUGUAACAUCUUUCAAGUUGAGAUUUUCCGACUAAAAACUGACUGAAAUGUGGGCCCCGGGCUUUGGGAGUUUCGCAGCGUUUGUAGAGUAACGAAGGUCUGGCCACACAGGCCCUUGGAGCAUUCUGUAACACGCAUAAUGAGCGAGUGCGUUGAGCUGGUACAACCAGAACUUGUUGCCGGAUAUUUGCGUUACUACACUUUGUCUCGACUCUACGUACAUUCUACGAUAUUUAUAUGCGGGCUGCGACAUAUUUAAUUCUACAAAUUAAAUAUGUCGCAUAUAAAAAAAUACUGACUUUAAAAUUUAAAAUAUUUUUCCAAUUGAUUAUACAUUCAGAGGCACAAUUGUUCGCCCACUUUAAUAUGACGCGAGUGUACUAAAGUGGGCGGAUAAUUGUGCCUCUGAGUAUAUUUUUAAUAAAUUUUAAGAUGCGACCGAAAAGACACCGGUACGCGCGUGGGAUCUCUGUUCCUGUGAGCUUUUAUUUUACGAUAUUUUAUGGAAAUGUUAGCAAAUUUAAUAUUUUGCAAUUAUCGAGGGCACGUUUUGAUGGUAUUUCGGGGUCAAUGAAUUGUUUAGCAUAACUAAAAUGAUAUCUUAAAUUAUUACAAAUAAUUAUAUUUUAGAAUAAGUUUUUGAAGUGCUGAAGGCUGAUUAUUUUACCGUUACUUUUAUUAAAUCACAAUUUAGUUUUACCUGUAUGUACCAUAGGCCCGCACCUUGUUUGUACAAUUGUAAACAGACGGUUGUUGACCGCGACACGACCUUAGGGCGCACUCCCACCUGUGCGCGUGGAAGUGGACGGACGCACGUGCGUGACCUUCGUUGUUUUACCUCAGUUAUAUAAGUUAUAUCUAAAUGCAUACAUAUAAUUAUGAUUGGUUUAAAUUUGGAUAGCAAUUUGUGUUUGCUCAAAUAACCUUUACGUGCCGCGUAGAACUAAGGUUGCAAACCUGAGUUCAGUCGUUUAAAUGCGCUUUGCGAAAUGCAAAUGUUUUUGAUAGUAAAGCAAUAAAAUAAAGGUUACACUGCCAUGGCUGUUAUAAUCUGAUGUAAUAAUUAUUAUUAUUAUUGUAGCGAGUAGGUGCCUCAUUUAAAAAUAAAUAAAUUAUUGUAAUAGUAUUUGAAAGUGUAAUUGUAAGAGUUUCCACUAUUCCAGUAGUAAGGAACAGAUGAGUGAUUAUAGUUUUGCAAAAGGCGAGUGAACGGCAACAAUAUAAUACAUAAUGUAUAGUGCCUGUAUUGUAAAUAUUCACUACGUUUUGGCUAAAGUGAAGUACAAUAGCUCUAAUAAAUUUGUUAUUCUAGCACUGUAGAGGCGUCGCUCCUACCACUGCGCACGGGAAUUUGGCUCACAUUUUAAAAUAAGGAGCGAUCAUACAUAUGCGGCGCUUCCAGUGAGACGGACACGGCGCGGGUCCGUGCGCGGCGAUGGGUCGACGCCUUUACGUAUCGGGACGCUUACGAGCUGGAACAGUACGAGUUACAGUGAGAGGUGACAUUGCCUUCGUCUAGUCUAAUGUUAGUGACAUAGCUGUGUAUCGAUAAGGCAAACAAAAUAGACAUAUUGUGACUAACGUGUAUACUCGCCCUUUAUUUUCGAUAAAAAUAAUGUAAUACUAUGUAUUAAUAAAAUAAAAAAAAAACAAAAACAUGAAAAUAUUGAACCUAACGAGUGCAAGUAAAGUUACUGUACGAUAUCACUUGAUGUAAACCUGCGCUGAGCGGCGAGCAAGCGAUUUAGUAUGUAUUAUGGCCCCGAUGAUGUUUCACAAUUAGCAUAUAUGUUACCGGCAAUGUGUAAAUCCGGCAUUCUAUACAAUGCCUGGGCAAUGUAUGAAAUACCUUAAACGUGUAGGCAAUGUAUGAAAUAUUGAUUUUAUACAUUUUCUAGGUAUUGUAUUGUAACUGAUGCUCAGUCAGUAACGUAUGUACGACGAGCGCAGACGAGGGGGUGACGUACGGAUGGGCAGUGCGUAGUUUUGUGUAGUGUCCACUCCACGCAUUUUGUGUAUUAGCCGUACCGCUAGAGUGUUUUUGUGAAGCGCGAAGCCAGAAGCUCGUGAAUGAACGGGCGACGACCAGUCUUCUGGCGCAUCCAUUUUGAAUACAUGAGUUUUGAGAAAAUAUUCGCUAAAAAGUCAUAAAUCUUGUGUUGAGAGUAAUAAUUGUAUGAUUUAAACCUGUAUAUAAUUCACACACAAUUCUUUUAUAAAUUUUCUAUACAAUUGAGACCAACAUUGCCAAAAUCUUUUCUUUGUACACAUUGCCGGCGGAGCAGUAGGUAAUUUAUACAAUCCCUAGGCAAUUAUACAUAUCCAGAACGCCCCAGGUAUUUUAUACAUUACGCAGGCAUUGUAUAGAAUAACUGAAUUAUACACAUUGUUGGUGACAUAUACAUUGUGAUGUAAUAACAUAAAUAUACGAAGGUUGUCGAGGCUCAUAGUACUAAAAACAUCUUAAUAUCAUGUUAAUAGAUAGAAAUGGCGUGUAGUGGCAGGCGUCCACAGACCACAGAUCCGCAUCGUUCGUAUCGCUAUCGGAUGCAUCGCGUCAAACGGAUUUUAGUAGUAUAGAAAGUCAUACAAGUGCGUCCACUGAUCCGCAUUGUGCGGAUCGCAUCGAUCGGAUUUUAUCUACUAUUAAAAACAUACAUACAGCCGAACGUACAACCUCCUCUUUUUUGGAAGUCGGUUAAAAAUAUAUUUAUUUACACUUAAUGCAUUUUUUUACAUUUUAUUCGCCUUUUACGCAGUAAGAUAGAUAGUGAUAGCGGAUACACGCUAUAACGUAGACUAUAUUUUUUUUAAUUAAACAUUUUUUUUUUAGAUUUUGGUGUUUAAAAGUUAUUUUUCAAUCUAGUAGAACGAUAAUGAACUAUUAAGACAGUUAAAAAAAAAUGACAACUAGUCUAUUGUGUCUACUGUUUACAUAAAGCUCUCUUUCGUCUCAUUACAACGGAAUAGAGAGCGAUAGUUAUGAUAUCUCUUACGUUGCGAGAUCGAUAUGUAGACAAAUAUCGCGUUGUCUGUUGGCGUGUCUUAGACCUUCAUAUCGGUGAAGUUCGAACUCUAUAGUUUCGGAGUGAAACACGCCAUUUCUUUGCACUUUGCAAUUGUACGUUGUACGUUGCAACAUUUCCUGAGGAUGCUCCGGUUUCGGGCUGAAACGUGCGUAGAGAGUAUUUUGUCGGACCUGGGUGACGUCGUCGCAUGGGUUCGUCGGCUUUUCGUGGGUAAUAGUAGAAUAAAUAAAUUAUAUAUUGAUGAUGAAAUUCCGCAAAGUAACGCCUGCUUCUAUCCAACACGCCAUUUCUGUUGCUUUGUUAUUAAGGUUGUUGUACGUCGGUGUGACUUGUGAGGUCGAUCAGUUGCUUGCCGCCGGCGCCGGCGACUGUAGCGCAUAGGGUAUAUGUCUGCUGAUGUACAUAAAUACGGUCAUACGUAGGAGUUGUACAUACCUGUACAUAGCAUGUAAAUACACUCAGAUAUAUUAUAUAUUUAAUAUUAAUAUAAAGUUUGAUUUAAAGAGAAGUUUUAAAAUAAAAUGAAUUUGAAAAAUACAAAAAAAUAUUAAUAAAUAAAUACAUACUGAGUAUGAAGUGGAAAACCAGA